ACGUAAUCGAAACAAGCCGUCGGAGAGAAAGAGAAAUAUUCGCCACCGGCUGCAGGCGGCGGCGGCGGCUGAACCCCUAAACCCAAUGUCGCCGGCGGCGAGGAGCCUCCUGCUAUCGGCCGCCCGCCGUCAACGCCGCCGCUUCUCGACGGAGGCCCCGUCGUCGACUCCGCAGCAGCAGCUCCUCCCCAAGGGGAAGCGGUGGGACGCGGUGGUGAUCGGCGGCGGCCACAACGGGCUCGCCGCCGCCGCCUACCUCGCCCGCGCCGGCCGCUCCGUCGCCGUGCUCGAGCGCCGUGGCGUCAUCGGCGGCGCCGCCGUCUCCGAGUCCGACCUCGUCCCGGGCUUCCGCUUCUCCCGCUGCAGCUACCUCCUCAGCCUCCUCCGCCCCGCCCUGAUCCAGGAGCUGGAGCUGGAGAGGCAUGGGCUGAAGCUCUUGCCGCGGAGCCCGUCGUCAUUCACGCCAUGCCUAGACGGCAGGUAUCUCCUUCUCGGCCCCGACGCUGAGCUGAACCACUCGGAGAUCAGCAAGUUCUCCGAGAAUGAUGCCGGUGCAUACCCGAGGUACGAGGAGAAGCUGGAGAAGUUCUGCAAACUCAUGGACUUUGUCAUAGACUCGCCUCCCCCUGAGAUGAGGCAUGAAUACCACCUCUCCAUGGUGGACAGGAUGAAGGAUAAGGUUGACAAGUCUGUGUUCUGGAGCAAACUUCUUGGGAUUGUGAUGCAGCAGGGGCAGAAGGACAUGGUGGAUUUCUUUGACCUUCUCCUUUCACCAGCAUCCAAGAUCUUGAACAACUGGUUUGAGGGUGAUGUGUUGAAGGCAACUCUUGCGACUGAUGCUGUGAUAGGUUCUAUGGCUGGUGUCCACACUCCAGGAUCUGGUUAUGUUCUUCUGCAUCAUGUUAUGGGGGAAACUGGUGGCCAACGUGGAGUAUGGGCGUAUGUUGAAGGUGGUAUGGGUUCAGUAUCGUCAGCUAUAAGCAAAGCAGCUCUUGAAGCAGGUGUGGAAAUUUUAACAAAUGCAGAGGUUUCCCAGAUAUCUGUUCAUCACACUUCUGGGAAGGUACAGGGGGUAGUUUUGGCUGAUGGAACAGAGGUGCUGACAUCAGUUGUUUUAUCAAAUGCAACUCCAUAUAGAACAUUUGUGGACCUAGUGCCUGCCAAUGUUCUUCCAGACAACUUCCUCUCUGCUAUCAAAACUGCAGAUUAUAGCUCUGCAACAACGAAAAUUAAUGUGGCUGUUGACAGGCUGCCACAGUUUUCCUGUUGCAAAGACUUUAAUCCUGAAGGCGGUCCAGAACACAUGGGCACCAUACACAUUGGAUCUGAAAGCAUGGAGGAAAUCGAUCUAGCGUACAGGGAAGCUGCAAAUGGCGUCUCAUCCACAAGACCUGUUAUAGAAAUGACGAUUCCUUCUGUGUUGGAUAAGACCAUCUCCCCACCAGGCCAGCAUGUUAUUAACCUUUUUGUUCAGUACACACCAUACAAACUUUCAGAAGGCAGCUGGCAGGAUUCUAAUGUUAGAAAAUCCUUUGCUGAAAGAUGCUUUUCCUUGAUUGAUGAAUAUGCACCGGGUUUUAGCUCAUCAGUGGUAGGCUAUGAUAUGCUGACUCCACCUGAUCUUGAAAGGGAGUUUGGCCUAACAGGUGGUAACAUCUUUCAUGGCGCAAUGGGCUUGGAUUCACUUUUCCUCAUGAGGCCUGCCAAGGGAUGGUCAGAUUACAGAACUCCAGUGAAGGGAUUGUACCUCUGUGGCAGUGGUGCACACCCAGGAGGUGGGGUAAUGGGCGCUCCGGGCCGUAACGCUGCCUCCGUUGUUUUGGAAGAUCUCAGGACAAAAUAGAUGGUGACCCGAGGAAACAUGGAAACGGUGAUUGACACCAGGCUGGGUCUCGUUCAAGCACUGCACUGCAAAAGCAACCGAAUUCCAUCAGAAUGAAAAGCACCUCAUCAGACAUCAGGUAUAAACACCUGUGCCAUGUGAGCUCACAUAUUAAGGAAAUGGACAAACAUUUCUUGAGGAGAGGCACAUUUUCUGAAUUAAUUGGCCGACUUUCUAGUUUAGAGAGGGGAACAUUCUUUGCCACCUGACCCUAUUUCCCAGUAUGAAGAUAUUUUGCAUUUGUUCUCUUCUAUUUGCAGCCUGUCUGAAAUAUAUUAUUCAUCGGAUUAUCUACUUGAUUGUAGGAUAAAUUAAAUAUUUUUUUAACAAUUAUCAAAUAUCUUGGAACAAGUGGUCUAUGCA